AAAUUAUGAAGCAAAAGCACAAUUAACAGGGAAAUCAGUUUUGAACAGUUCUUGAAGAAGACAGAUGAAAGAGAGUAGGAAAACCAGUGUUUUGUUUCUUUUUUUGCUGUUUCCUUUGUAUGGAGCUCAUAUAUAUUCGAAAAGCGUUUAAUAUCUAGUUGUUUUAAAGCCGUUACUUAGUGAUAUUGUGCACAUUUCAGCAACGCAGUUUCAGUUCACAAUGGACCCAGCGGCUGAUAGGAUAAAAGAAGUGGCUACGGAGGUAUUCAAUUCUAAGAGUCUGGCUGUGCAAGCCCAAAAGAAAAUACUUGGCAAGAUGGCUUCAAAGUCAAUAGCAACAGCAUUGAUAGAUGAUACAAGCAGUGAUGUUUUGGAUGAAUUAUACAAAGUAAGCAAGGAAUACACACAGAGCAAAAAGGAGGCAGAGAAGAUCAUCAAAAAUCUUAUCAAGAUGGUCAUAAAAUUGGUGGUUCUCAACAGAAAUAACCAGUUCAAUGAAGGCGAGGUGUUACUCAUGGAAACGUUCAAAAAGAAGGUUCAUCAGUUAGCAAUGACUAUUGUCAGUUUCCACCAAGUUGACUUUACUUUUGAUCGUAAUGUUUUGUCCAAACUUCUGAAUGAUUGCAGAGACAUGCUUCAUCAGAUUAUUGACCGCCAUCUAACAGCUAAGUCACAUGGACGUGUCAAUCAUGUUUUUAAUCACUUCGCAGAUUGUGAAUUCUUGGCUGCCCUUUACAAUCCAUUUGGACCUUACAAAGCUUCCCUGGAGAAAAUAUGUAAUGGUGUGAACAAAAUGUUAGAUGAUCAAAAUAUAUAACCAAUCAUUUGCAGCAUUUCCCAAAUUAAAUUGAAUAUUCUGUCAAACAUUAGAAGUUUUCUGAAAUGCCGAUGGAUAUUAAUGUAAAAUGCAUUUUGUUUAAAAAAGUAUUUUGACUUUUUUUUAUAAAACAAUUUUUUCCUACUUCUGUAGCAAAAUGCACAAAGUGGCUAAAUGUUCCAACAUGUUUCUUGUCCAGCAAAGAAUGAACUCUUCUUGCUGAACUCCAGCAACUUAUCAGAUGAGUGGUCUUGGCUUGUGGACUGACACUGAAGAAGAAUUUGGAUGAAUGGGACAUUUCCAGCAUGCCGAAUACUUUUUUCACCUAGUAGACUACAGAAACUGACAGUUGUUCUUUCCUUUUUAACUAUUUUUAAAAUAGAACAGCUGCUUUUUAAAAACUGUACAUUAAAAAAAACUGGAAAGAAAUCUAAGUCCUAGCGUGAUACUUACAGAUUGUAAUGUGAAUAGUUCAGGAGUGCAACAGUGUUAUAACCAAGGAUGGCAAAUAUCAAAUAUUUUUUCCCCUGCAUAUGGUUAUGAUUUUGUGUUUCAACUGAUUACAGUCAUUGAAUUAAUAAAACAUUGAACAUUAAACACACUGUGUAGUGAUGCAAUUUGCUCUUCAUUUACUUUAAAUCUGCAGUUUCAUGAAUAUCAAAGUGGCAAAUUUUCACUUAUCAAUUGUAAUUCAUGAUGGACACAAAGUUAAAGAUUAGCUUUAUUUGUCACAAUCACAUCGAAACAUCAAACAUGCAGUUUGCAUCAACAAAAAACAGCUAUGAUUCUGGUGCCAACAUAGUAUGCCCAUAAUUUACUAACCCUAACUUAGACAUCUUUGUAACAUGGGAGGAUACCCACUCAGUAACUGGGCGAAUGCUCUAAUUCCUUAUAGACAGCGUUGGAAAUUGAACCCCGAUCUUACAGCUGGCCCUGUAAAGCUUUGCACUCACCACAGCACUACUGUGCAGUUAAAAUGGCUCAGGCCAACUGCUAUUCUUGGGUAAAUUAUUUGUUCACAGGAAGUCGAAGAGUAAAUUUGCACUGAAUCUGGAAAAACAUAGCCAUCCAAUUGGGAUUUGGUCUUUCUAUUUCUAACAUAGCCAAGGCAUACAACAAAUUUGCUUACUAUUCAUUCUGCAACAAAUCAAUGUACAUGCCUCAUAUUUGGUCUAUUUGAGGUUUUUUGUUUGGAAAAUGUAGUAAUGAAUAAUAAAAGUAAUUUAC